AUGCGUUUUAUCGCUCAGAACACUCUGGAUAAGACGACUCUAGGUAAGCCCAAUAUACAAAAGGCUACGUGGUUUUGGAACAAGGACGUUCAGGCGGCAAUUCCUGAGAAGAAGUCCAAGUAUAAGCUCUGGUGGAGGACGCGUCAGCCUGAAGAUCGGGGUGCUUACCUAGCGGUGAAGAGGGGACUAAGAAGGCAGUCUCCAAGGCGAAGUCGGACCGCUACAAAUCUGUGUACGACAUGUUUGAUACCAGAGAAGGCUAGCCGGCAGUAUAUCGUCAGAUCGCGUCACCUCUCAACGUUGGAUAUGGAGCACACCAAGAUCGCUAAGGGAGCUGAUGGAGCUGUUCUGCGUCGCUCUGGUCAGAUCCUGGAAAGGUGGCGAGAGUACUAUAAUCACUUGUGUAACGAAGAGUUUUGUCAUCCUCCCAUCUCAACUGUUCCCAGCGUCGUGGGUCCUGUUCUACCAAUUAAUGCCGAAGUCAGUACUGCCUUCGCAAAAACGUCGAAGUCAGUACUGCCUUCGCAAAAACGUCGAAGUCAGUACUGCCUUCGCAAAAAUGAGGUCGAACAAGGCAACCGGUCCUGA